CUCCCCCGCUCCCUCUGGUACGAUCUCGUUGUCUACUAAGGUGAAGCAGAUCUCAUUCUUUUGGCCUUAUUUUUUCCGAUUUCAUUUUUCCUCCGAUUGUUGUUAAGAUCGUCAGAAUGCCGAUUUUCGUUGUUUACAUGGCUGCGCAGCUUCUUUCUCGCAUUCGCGGCGAACAAUGAUCGUAUUGUUAUUUUGAGGCUCAUUCUAGCUCUUAAUUUGUUUUAUUUUCAAUUAAUUUCUCAAACAAGCAUCGAGUAUCGACGUCUUAGUUUCGAUGAUGAAAGCUGUAGCAGUUUGGUUGCCGAGAAACUGCUAGAAAACGAAGCCAACCGAGAAUUAUCUAUUUACUGAUCUUUCAGUAUAUUUUGUCAGGUUUUCUCGGCAGCCAAACGGAGAAAUCGAGUGUUCGAGAGUGCAUAUGAUGUGGAGAAAUUUACUAGCAAAUUCGUUUUUAAAAAAUUUUCUUCUUGUUUAUUUUGUCGCUCUUUGUUUAUUUUUGUUUGCAUUGUGGAAUAUUUUGCAGAUGAUGUUUAGAGGAGAGGAUUUGGAUUCAAAGCAGAUUUCCAGCCGGCUUUCAGCGUGAAAUCAAUAAUUGAACGAUAUAACAAGCGAAAGAGGAACAUUAACUGGGAACCCACCUCUGAAGUCAAGGUGCAUUAUUACAGUUUCUGCCAGUAUUGAUUAAGGUGUUUGGAAUUACAUUUGGGGGCCAACAUCCCGAUAAGUGGCUGUCUGUCUGGUAUGUUAUUGUGAGAUAGUGAGCUGAACCGUACUUCAGUAACACAUACAUGAGGUAACUGAUGGAGGUACAAGUACUCCAAGAUUGUUUCUACCAACAAUAAUCAUGAGAAAAGAUUGUUUCUACCAAGAAAAAUCAUGAAAAAAGAAGUUGGAGUCUGCUGCAAUUAUCAGAAACAAGUUUGGGAUCAAGAUUGUGGUAAAAUGACUGGUAUUCACAAAAAUAUUUCACCACAUAGGAGAAACUGUACCCCAGAUUUGUGGCUCUUGUUGGGGCUUCAUAGUUUUGUUGCUGUGGCUGGCUUAGCUGGAGAUGAACAGUUUUAAUCGAGGGGAGUAAUGCAGCCAAGGUUGCAGAUGCUAAUUUUUCAUAUUGUAUUUCCAGCAUUACUUAGAGCCUAGGAAUGCUCCAAGCAUCCAAACCAAAAAUGAUACGUGAAAUUUAUAUUGAUGGUAAAUGGAAGAAAAUUGAGCAGAUUAUUGGCAAAUACCUUGACUUCAGAGGUUGGGUUCCCCAAUUGAUGUUCCUCUUUCGUUUUGUUAUAUCGGUCAAUUACUGACUUCAUGCUGGCAAGGGAAGAUUUACAUAGUAUCAGAUGAUUCAGAUAUAAACUCAUAAAUUCAGGAAUCAAUGUACGAGGUAGUUUCUAUUCAGUCCAUAAAUCUGCAGCUGGACAGAAUAAGUGAAGUGCAACCUGAAAGUAAGUCUUUCCAAGUUCUCAUCUGUUGGGCCUCGCCUAACCAAAAUUUUGUGGAAAAUGGUGUUUGAGUCCAGUUUCUACAAAGUGUUCAGUGGGUCCUAAGCAUGUAGAAUAGUUAUGGGGAAUUUUAGAAGUCGUUAAAAUCUAAUUAAAUCCAGAAGUCUACUUGCUUAAGCUCUUUUCUUCAUGCUCUACAUGUGACCUCUAAAUGCUGAGAUCUACCUCGAGAACACCAAGAAAUACCUUUCAAAAAAAAUCCUAUAUGACCUAACUUCAACUUCUACAUAGGGCAGCUGUUACAGAAACAAUCUUGUGAAGGUGUUUUGUUCUAAUCCAUUUUUACAUGGAUUUUGUGCAUCUUUUAAGAAAUUCCUAGUUUAGCAAUAACACUGUCAUCUCAAAUCCACUUUUCCUUUCUCCAUGAAACUCGUAUCUGAGUUGUGCACAAUAAAUUAUCUUCUUAAUUUAUCACCUUUAACAUUGCCCAAAACUAAAUUAGGAUUGUUUCCUUGUAAGCCAAUUACACUAACAGGGCUUCUCCAUUCUACUAGAAUCUAGACUAGAGUUCAAUUCAUCUCUUGCUUUAAGAAAAAUUACAUCCUGGAAGUUCUUACCCUUGGGAAAGAAAGAACUUAAGCUCAGCAAAUUCAUGAAUCCAAGCUAUUCAUUUGUGGUUAUUGGAUAUGUUGUAUUACCUUGGUGAAAACUUAUUGGUUAAGUAAACAUCAGCUACAAUUUGCUAUCAAUUAUUACAAGCUAUGAGACAGAAUGUGCCAUGGUAGAAACUAGAGUAGUUCUUGAUUUUUUACCUUUCCCACACUAAUUAACCAGUUUUGCUUCAUUUGGUUUCCCUAAACUCAAACAAAGCCAGACCACUUACGACUUUUAUCUAUUAAGGCAGGUUGGUUGUGUGGGGAUCACAGUUAAUAGAGAGACACUUUUCCUAAUGUCAAAAAAAUCGGGCAUUAAUGAAAAUUCUCAUCUUUA